AUGAAUAUUAUAGAGAACAGGCCAAAAAACCAAAACCAAGCCUCAGAGGAAGUGAUAGAAGCUGUUAACUCGCCAACUUUUAAUGUACACAGGUGCAUUGAACUUUUGUGCAAGAAUGCGAACAACAUUGGUAUUCAUUUUUUUCUCUGUCAAAGAUUAGAAAACUUCCCCCACAGUGAAUUACAGUUUUAUAUUCCUCAAUUGGUUCAAAUCUUGUUGACAAUAGAGACUGAAUCAAUGGCUCUAGAGGAUCUUUUACUGAAGCUAAGGACAGAGAAUCCCCAUUUUGCACUUCUGACAUUUUGGCAAUUACAGGCAUUAUUGACCGAUUUAUCCACAGACCCUGAAUCCUAUGGUUUUCAAGUUGCAAGAAGAGUGCUGAAUAGCUUACAAGCUAACCUAUUUAGUACGGAUGUAAGCGAGAUUGAAAAGAAAACGAAGAUGCACGAAAACGUCGCACCUGCAUUAGUCAUGUCUUCAAUGGUUUUUUCUUGUAUGGCGCUCCCACAACUUGCAGAAUCAAUAGAACCAUUAGUUAGAUCACAAGGUAGAAGACAAAAAUCAUAUGUUUUCAAACUAGCUAAGAAUUUAAUGAAAGACUUUACAAGAAAUAUGACUUUAAAAAAUACACUUCACAACAAAUCUCAUAAAAAGAAAACGAAACAUAUUACACAAGCAGCCCCUGUUGAUAUCAUCAAUCCAACUACAACAAAGGAAGACGUAAUGUUUCGUAAGAGCAAGAGUACAGAAAUUAAUCUAGAUUUUGAUAUGGUUGACAAUGUGGGCCAAAAAGUGUUCGAAGAGAGAAUAUCUACAUCGAUUAGAAUGCCUAAAAGGAAAACUAGACCAACUGAUGGUAUGCAAAGAACAUCAACUGAUACAUCUAUCAGAACCUUAGGAACAUCGAAGCCACAAAGAUUAAGAGGUUUCGAUGCUGUUUCUUCGCCUGAAGAAUCACCUAGAGUUUCACAGACAAAUACAGGGCAAAACUCUGAUGAAAGUGAUGAAGAAACUGACAGUGAAUCGCGAAUCCCUAUGAAAACAGACAGGUUCAUAUCGUCUAUGCCAGAUUUGAUUGGAAAUAAGCCUCGUAACUCAGGCUCAUCUUAUACUUCCUUAGCAAAGUCUUCUGGAGGUUUAAGCAGAUCACAUUCCCAGAGUGUCAAGCACGACGCUACUAGAAACUAUACAAAUACUGAUUCGAGAUUUAAGGAAUUAGAUCCAUCAAAAAUUCCUACCACUGUAAAGAUCAAAAUGCUAAAGGCCAAUUAUUUUAGAUGUGAAACACAAUUUGCAAUUGCAUUAGAGACAAUAUCUAGGAGUUUGGCUCAAGUUCCUACAGAAGCUAGAUUAAGUGCAUUAAGAGCCGAACUGUCACUACUGAAUCGAGAUUUACCUGCUUGUGUAGAUAUUCCAACUUUACUUCCACCGAAUAAAAAGGGAAAGCUUCAUAAACUAGUAUUAAUCACAGCCAAUGAAGCUCAAGUGCUAAACUCUGCCGAAAAAGUUCCAUAUUUAUUAUUAAUCGAAUAUUUACGCGAUGAAUUUGACUUUGAUCCGACAACUCCAGAAAAUGAGGAGAUAAUCAAAAAGGGGAAUAAUCAUAGUAAUCUAAUUUUUGACCUGAAUUACAUUACUAAGAACCGAAAGAAAUUUGAUGAAGAUACAAUAUUCUCUAGCACAGAUGCUAUACCCUCUAAAAAUAGUCGUCAUGCAUCUUCAACCCCUGGUGAGGAUACUUCGAAAUCUAAUUCAAGUGUAAAUCUCUUAAAAGAAGAGGAUCUGGGUGACAUGUCCAUGAUUAGAGUAAAGAAUCUAAGUGAUGCAGAAGCCUACAGAUCUUCACUUGUUUUGAAACGAGCUUCUAAUGUUCCAGUAUUACCCACAGAUUCACAUGAUCGAACUCCAGAACUUAACUUUUCAAGUACAAUGCAAGAAUUCAUCAAUCAAGGAAACAAUUUAUCUGAUAGUUUCAAGAGUCAGACCGAUGACUUAGCUGACCAGAUGAGAGUUUCAGCAGUAAUGCUGGCUCAGCUAGAUCAAUCUCCCCAACAGCUAUCCGAAACUACAAAUCAAAUUAGAGCCCAGAUUAUUGCUUCCAUGAAGGAAGUUCAAGAUAGAUUUGGAUACAAGGAUGUUGAAAAUCUUCACGGUAAAGCUGGUGAACGUAAGCUUGAAAACGAUCUAAUAACUGCCGGUAUUAGCAGUUCUUAUCUGGGAGAAGAUUGGGCAACAAAGAAAGAACGAAUUAGGAAAACUUCCGAAUAUGGCCAUUUAGAAAACUGGGAUUUGUGCUCCGUUAUUGCCAAAACAGGUGAUGAUUUGAGGCAAGAAGCAUUUGCAUGCCAGCUAAUCCAAGCAAUGGCACAAAUUUGGACAAGCGAACGUGUUGAUGUAUGGGUGAAAAGGAUGAAAAUUUUAAUAACUAGUGCUAAUACUGGUCUAGUGGAAACUAUCACAAAUGCUAUGUCUGUUCAUAGUAUUAAGAAGGCGUUAAGUAAAAAAAUGAUAGAAGACGGUGAAUUAGAUGCCAAUGGAGGUAUAGCAACUUUAAAAGAUCAUUACUUGAGAAUGUUUGGUGACCCUGAAGGAUUUAAGUUCAAGAGGGCACAAGAUAAUUUUGCUAGCUCUUUGGCAGCAUACUCAAUCAUUUGUUACUUACUCCAAAUUAAAGAUAGGCACAAUGGUAACAUUAUGAUAGAUAACGAAGGCCAUGUUAGUCAUAUUGAUUUUGGUUUCAUGCUAUCCAACUCUCCAGGUUCUGUUAACUUUGAGGCAGCACCUUUCAAGCUGACUUAUGAAUAUGUUGAGCUGCUGGGCGGUCUCGACGGGGCUCCAUAUAAGAAGUUUGUUCAAUUGACAAAAGAUUCAUUUAAAGCCCUUAGGAAGUAUGCUGAUCAGAUUGUCUCAAUGUGUGAGAUCAUGCAAAAAGAUAACAUGCAACCUUGCUUCAACGCUGGCCAACAGACUAGUAUUCAAUUAAAGCAACGUUUCCACCUUGAGUUAACUGAAGAAGAAACUGAUGCCUUUGUGGAUAACUUCUUGAUUGGUAGAUCACUUGGUAAUAUCUACACAAGACUAUAUGACCAAUUCCAAUUACUAACCCAAGGUAUUUAUAGUUAA